UGAAGUUAGUUUUUAUUCUAUUAUUUCAUAUUUAUCUAUUUUUAUACCCUUUAUUUAACUAUAAAAGCCUCAGUGAAAUAUAAAACCCUUUUUACAAUAGUUACCUGCCCAUGUAAGCUGCAAUAUAUUAUGUUACCAGGUAUGGAGUUAAGGGCGUGGCCACCAUUAUUAACAGAGGUACCAAUCAUAGAUCGUACAAAAGGUGGAUGUAGCCACUGUGAUGUCACCCAUUGGUUUGUGAAGUCCUAUUUGCAGGCUCAAGAUUGGUGUUUUCAGACAACUUUAUUUAAAAACAAAUUAUGCGACAAAAAUAAGGCUUUCUGCAAAGUACAACCAACCAAGCAAGUGAAAUUUUAGCAUUUUAUAAGUUACUUAGUGCUAAUUAGUAGAUAUGUGUUUCUUGAGUCCUAACAUUUUAAGAAUGCAGCUUGCUAGUCUAGCUUAGCUAAGAUUUACCCUCCCCCCUACAGGUGAUAUCUUUUGGCUAAAGAAAACCUCAAUAAACUCCAAAAAGUAGUGUCCACAACCAGUGGUCUUCAAGCAGUGUAUAGUUUUAGCCCUCAAAACCACAUUAAGGUCAAACCAAAAAUCAAAUAACCCAAUGACGACUCUACUGCAAAUCAUGUUGUUUUGGUCAGAUGGGCUUAAUUUGAUAAAACUUGCAUCCUUCUGGCUAACAUUAGCUUUCUUGCUAACACGGAUCUAUGUGCAUGAUAUUAAUAUUAGUUUUGCAACAAUAGCAACACUGAUCACACAUAAAGAGAUCACACAUAGAGAGACUCGCUUUAAAUUUUGUACUAGUCAAAAACUAAUAGUUUUAAUUGUAUAAAUUUAAGAAUUCUCUGUUAGCUGUCUUGAACACACUCUACAACCCUGAGAGCUAAUCCUUUGAGAGACUUUGGUCAUUUGAAAGUCAAUGUCUGAGCAGUACAGAGAGCUUUUGUGAGAAGCUGACAAUAGAGCUCUUAAACCCAUCCUGCCAAGGGAAAAAGUGGAGAUAGGAGAAUGGGUGAAAGUCGAUUAGCCUUACCUGUGAUAGUAUAAAAUCCCUCCCUAAGUUAUCAAGAGUUGUUAGCUCUUGAAUCACCACUCCAGGUAAACUGCUAAAGAGCCAUGAGGAACCUCUGACCUCAAGGUGGUUGAAGACAUUACUUCUGUCAGCACCACACUAUGGCUUUUGUCAGUGCACUGUUAAUGCUGCUGCCUGUUGCAUGGUCAUGCAUUCCCCAAAAAGCAGAUUACGUUAUGGUGUCAUGUUUCCCUAAUGCCAUAAUUGCCAACGUCCCAGAGUGUCCUUACGGCUGGGAGAUUGAACACUUGUCUCUCGGUGGAGUCUGUUACAAUGGAAUACACAGCCCAGGUUACUACCGCUUCAUCAUCCCAGAUCUCACACCCAAAAAUCACUCAUACUGUGGGACUCAGUCUGAGUACAUUCCCGGCAAAGACCCCAAAUACAUCUUCUACAACUCCAUUGUGUCCAACGAUACUUCACUGACAGUCAGAAACCAGCCUGUGAACUACACCUUCAGCUGCACGUACCGAGCAGCCUAUCUGGUUAAUAAUGCGGUCUUUAGCCAAAGCGUUUUUACUAAACCCUCUGCUUUUUCCAGAGUGGCUACAGUUUAUGUCAACAAUGGGAGUUUAGGCACUUUUAGAUCACAGUUGUCUAUGAAUGUGUUCACGAAUUCAAAGUUCCUGUAUGCCAAGGACGCUCCCUAUGUGAUUGAUACCUCUGAGAUCGGCUCUGAAGUAUUCAUUGGCAUCGAGGCAAAAGGUCUAAGUAACAGAUUCAAAGUUGUGAUAAACAACUGCUGGGCAACUCCUUCACCUUACUCCACAGACAGGAAAAGGUGGAGCCUCAUCAUUAAGAGCUGCUCCUCUGACAACACUGUGACUAUUUUUGAGAACGCCAAAGACAGCCGCUCCAUGUUCAAGUUCAACUCUUUCCGCUUCCAGCGGCAGGAGAAGGUGUCCACUGUUUGGCUUCACUGUGAGGUCCAGGUCUGUGAUGGAGAAAGGAUCACCUGUCAGCCAAGCCCCUGCUCUGUGAGGAGUUUGCCAUCAGAUGUAGACCCAAAUGGGGGGAUCCUUACUGCUGAAUUUCACAUUAAAGGUAAUCAGUCUUCUAAUAAUGGACACAUAACAGGCGUCUCAGUGCUCAUCCUGCUUGUGGUCCUGAUAAACACAUGUUAUGAUUUCAUCAAUGGAUCAAGAAUUUUAUAAAACAGUUUCCAUUAACACACAAACAAAGAGGGGAGUGCCACCCAGGACUCAGGGAGCGUAUGAAUACAUUCCUCCCCACGCGAUCAUUAUCUCACAAUAUGAUUUUUAUUUAGCAUGUUUAUUGAUGCUUUGAACCUUGUGUGAUAUUUCACUCCUUCCUCCAAUAAAGAUUCAUUACAUUUUGAAAGAAAAUGAAUUUUUUUUCCAUUUGUUCCAAACCAUAAAAAACAAAAAAAACAAAAAAAUUUCAUUCAGUCCUUAAAUUAAAACCAAAUUUUCGGUCUGACAGCACUACAACAAACAGAGCACAUGACUAAACAUAAUAUUACAUUUUUUCUAUUUCCAUGACACAAUCUAGAACAACUAUAAAAUGUCUUCUUCAUUUCAUGUUACACUGAAAAUAAAAACUCUGAUAUGGGAUUUAUUUAUUCAGAGGAAAAAUGAAAACAGAUUUUAAAUCUCGUUGUUUGCUUGUCAUGUUUUUAUGGAGUGUUUUAUAAUGGGAAGAGGUGUUUUUCUCAGUGAUCAAUCACAGCUCAAUCACAGGUAUUUGAUUAUUAUUAUAAUAAGCAUUAUCAAACUUCUGAUUUACAUGAUCUAACCAAACCCCACAGUGAUUGAGUUUAGUUAUUUGUGAAAUAGUCAUAUGACAAUAAUAGAAAAAUACUCAAUUACUGAUUUAUUUAUUCUCCCCAGGUCUCAGUGACCAAACUGUGCACAGCUGAAUGACAGAUGUUGAUACAACAACCAGCUCUGCAGCUGUAAGAAUAAAUUAGAAAUGCUUGAUUAGCUUACAAAAUAUUUUCUUAUGAGAUAACUUUAGGCACGUCAGAGCUGACUACAUGUGCCACAACAAACAGUUUGAAUGGAACGCUAAGCAUUUUGAAAUAAUUUACAGCCUUGUGUGCAAAAGUGGAUCCACUAAAUACUUAAAUCACAAAGAAUAAAGAAUUAGAACUGCAAUUAGUUGCAAUCCAAACUGCAGUCUCUGUUCAUGCAUUGUGUUCUGCAUUUUCACUUUGGCCUCCAUCCACAUUUUGU